AUGAAUCAAAAUUCUUCAGCUCAGAAUCUGAAGUAUGGUGAUGUCUGUAAGUAAUAAUACGUUCAGAUCUGAUAUAUAAUAUUCAAGUGAUAAGGCUUUUGAGGCAUGGUAAUUUCAAUGGCAAUCAUAAAAUGGCGGCUGCUAUAAGGGAGAAGAGUUCGAAUCGAUGGAAAAAUAACAUUGUUUAUUACUCUUUAUCAGAUCAAUAUGGCCAGGAUGAGUAUGAGAUCUCUGAAGUGUGACUAUAAUUGCAGGAAAGACCUCAUAAAGGACAUGAUGCAGUAUUUGGAAGAGCAAACUUGUUUUAAAUUCAUUGAGAAAUCAUCCCAAAGGGAUUACUUGGAUAUCCGAAAAGAGGAUGGAUGUUAUUCGUAUGUUGGAAGGGUUGGUAUGUGCUGUAACGUAUGGUAGUAACAUUAAGGAGGGCCUCAGCUGCUAUCUCUGUCUAAGGGAUGUUUCCGGCCUUACAUCAUCCAGCACGAACUUCUCCAUGCACUAGGUCUUGAACAUGAACAUCAGCGCCAUGAUCGCGAUAAAUACAUCAAAGUCAAUUAUAGAAAUGUUCAGAAAGGAAAGGAAGGUAAUUCAAACAAGUGGUACUGCUUAGUAAACCAUCAAUACAGAUAAUUUCGACAAGAUACCCUCUCAUUUGGUCGAGCUUUAUGGUCAGCCUUAUGAUUACAAUUCAAUUAUGCAUUACGACAGCCGAGCAUUCGGAAAAUUUGAUUGGAAUAGACAAAGAAAACUGGAAACAAUGUUGCCCUUGAAGGAACGGAUCACAAUUAACGAUAAUCAUCAGUUAUCGGAGUUAGACUUGGCAAAACUUCGGAUCUUAGGGAAAUGCCCGCAAAAUGAAAAUGAAUUAAAAUAUGCAGGCAGGAAGGGGAACGGCCAAAUUAAAGAAAAGGAUGAUGAAUGCAGAGAUGUGUCAUUAAGCUGCACUGAAAGACUAUGUCAUCUGGAACCUUACACGGACUUGAUGGGGCAUUAUUGUGUCAAAACAUGUAAAUUAUGCUCAUAA